GCAUAUCCCCGACACUCCUGAUCGCUCCUGAAGCAGAGAAGCCAUGAGGACCACGAUGAUGAGGGUGCUGGCCGCGCUGAUGUGCAUGAUGGCUGCGUGCGCAGAUGUCGUGCCCAUGCAAGACUUCAGCCUGGAGAAGAUGGCAGGUAAGUGGUACCUGAUUGGUUUUGCAAGCAACGCCCAGUGGUUUGUGGACCACAAAGAGACCAUGAAGGUUGGAACUGCCAUUUUCACGCCAACUGAGGAGGGAGACCUGCACCUGUCCUAUGCCAACCUGAAGGACGAUGGGUCGUGCUGGAGGAUGACUCAGCUGGCCAAGAAGACAGACACUCCUGGACGCUUCACCUUCCACAACCUAGUUUGGAACAACGACAACGACAUGCGCGUUGUGGACGCCGUGUACGAUAACUACGCUCUGGACUACACCCUCAAGACCAAGGAGGGAGUGUCUGAAGCCCUCAUCAAGCUGUACAGCCGAAGUCCCGAGGUCAGCGAAGACCUGCAGCAGAAGUUCACUCAGUUUUCUCAGAGCAACGGCAUCAACCCUGAAAAUAUCAUCAUCCUGCCAAAGAGCGCUGAGUGUCCCGAGGUCGUAUCGACACCCGCCCCCUGAACCGUCCAUUCGUUAUUGCUGCACCUCUGGACUUCAGGGUUUCACCUCAGAGGAGCAUCGCCAGUCCUCACCGUGAAGUCUGCCGUGCCACGAACAAUAAGAACGUGUGCCUUUGUGAAAACAUUUUGGUGUCCCCUUCCCCGUUUCCUUUUAUUAAAAUGACCUGAACACCAAUAAACUGAUUAAAACCAC